AUGUGGCACCAGGGCUCCAGGAUGUGGAUCCAGACCCUCCAGGCUGUGGAUCCAGACCCUCCAGGCCGUGGAUCCAGACCCUCCAGGCUGUGGAUCCAGACCCUCCAGGCCGUGGAUCCAGACCCUCCAGGAUGUGGAUCCAGACCCUCCAGGCCGUGGAUCCAGACCCUCCAGGCCGUGGAUCCAGACCCUCCAGGCUGUGGAUCCAGACCCUCCAGGCCAUGGAUCCAGACCCUCCAGGAUGUGGAUCCAGACCCUCCAGGCCGUGGAUCCAGACCCUCCAGGCUGUGGAUCCAGACCCUCCAGGCCGUGGAUCCAGACCCUCCAGGAUGUGGAUCCAGACCCUCCAGGCCGUGGAUCCAGACCCUCCAGGCUGUGGAUCCAGACCCUCCAGGCCAUGGAUCCAGACCUUCCAGGAUGUGGAUCCAGACCCUCCAGGCCGUGGAUCCAGACCCUCCAGGCUGUGGAUCCAGACCCCUGAAUGACAGGAACAAACUACAUUCCUCUGGCCGUCAAUGGCAGAACACACCGGGCCGGACAGCGCCUCAGAGCUCAUUAAAGAGAGUGGAACACGGGGACAUGAACUGGGUGUUUCCAGGGAAGCUUCUGGCCUUCAGCAGUCCUCACCCUCACAGCCGGAUGGAGCACGGUUAUCCUCUCCAUGCACCUGAGGCGUAUUUUGGUUACUUUCAACAAAACGACGUCACAGCUGUGGUCCGUCUGAACAGGAAGUUGUAUGACAGUCGGCGCUUUGAGGACGCAGGCUUUGAACACCAUGACCUCUUCUUCCUGGAUGGGACCGCGCCCUCUGACCUCAUCAUCAGGCGCUUCCUGCACAUAUGUGAAAGUACUGAAGGAGCUGUGGCUGUGCACUGUAAAGCUGGCCUUGGUCGUACAGGCACUCUGAUUGGCUGCUAUCUGAUGAAGCACUUUCGCUUCACUGCAGCUGAGGCCAUUGCGUGGAUCAGGAUUUGCCGACCCGGUUCCAUCAUCGGCCCCCAGCAGAACCUACUAGAAGAGAAGCAGCACAGCCUGUGGGUCCAGGGUGACGUCCACCGCUGCAGACAGAAGCUCGUCCAGCAGCGGCUGCGUCGCCAGCAGCAGCUUCACAGUCCUCAGGCGGCUAAGCCCCGCCUCCUCUGCAGCAUGGAUGAGCUGUCCAUCAGCGGCCGUCACACGCCCCUCAGCUCGGACGAGAGCGACCACCAGGGAGACCGCCUGAGAGCCCUGAAGGGGAGGCCACCGCCGAGAGCCGCCUCCUCAAGGUUGGACCUGUCCAAGGCUGCUCACCGCUCCAUUCUGCCACCUGCCAGGGCUCUGAAAGGCUCCGCCCCCCUCCCCUCCUCUUCUCAGAAGCUUGUUCGAAGCUCCGCCCCCCUCCCCUCCUCUUCUCAGAAGGUCGUUCGUGGCUCCGCCUCCCUCACCAUGCAGAUAAAGAGUCCCUUCAGCCUCUCUCUGUUCGGCGCCCGGCCGGCUGCCCCUCCGUGAUGAGGAGGCGGCCCGAGGCCCUCCAGCUGACCUCAGCGUAACCCGUGUUGGGCUCUUGAGUCCAGCAGAGUGACUUCAGGGACUCACCUCUCCUGCAGCUCUGUGGUGCUCUCAGUACGUCUUUACAAUUUGCCCGGUGCAGAGGACCACCAGCUCCACCAGCUCCACGGUGACCUGAAGACCUUCAGGGAGCAAGUGACUCCACUUCUAUUGCACUUUAUUAAAGGAACCGUAAGAUACACAAACAUCCUGACGAUCAGGACUCGUGUCCUUGGCCCAGACACUGAAGAGGUUGUUACCCCUGAUGGUUACCCUCACUGAAGGCCUGGAGUUCACCCUGGUGCUUCUGGGAGGAUGUGGAAGUCCAACACCUGUACUGACCGGAACCACCAAUGGUCUGCAGGGCAGUGGGUUGGUUCUUUACUUGUUCUCCUCCCUUCUAUCUAUCAUGCCCUCUCUAGGUUGCAGGGUUGUGGAUGGUCUACUUGCUAAGAUGCACAUUGCUAUCACUACCCAUCCCAUGUGGCCAAUUCUGAAGCAUUCAUUUAUCUUAUUGACCCGCCCCCUCAGGCCCUGGAUGCUUCUGGGCCUGUGUGCUGUAGUCACUAUGGCCCACAGAUCCACAAGAAGUGCUGGUCCUUUGCUAAGUCACUGGUCUCCAAGCACUUGAACCAGAUGUUGAGUUUCUCAACUAUCAAGCAGCAACAUCGCGCUGUGGUUGGUCAGCUGCAGUCUUGUAGGGACUUGACCUUUGGUCUCAUGGGCUUUAUGACAUAGUACAGAUAGCCCCCCCCCCUGGACAUGGGACCUGUCCAAAGGGGCCGGCUGAGAUGGGGGCUUUGUCCAUGAGGGUUCCACCAGUCCAAGGUAUUUGUGUUUUGGAGAAGGAGCUGCUCUAGGAUCAGUGAUUCACCAGAAACUGUCUAUUGAGACGCAUCCUUGGCAAACUGUGGGGGGGGGGGAAGCAGGCACCUGGUUCACAUAGCAGGCACCUUGUUGGAACGUUGCCAUGAGGCUGGUUCCGAUUUGACCCCUCAUGACCUGGUGCUUAGCAAAUCCACCUCUCUUAUGGGAGCUCCUGCUGUGAAGGGAACUGCUGACUCUACGGGACCCUUAAGGGAGGGGCUCAGCCUGGUGGCCCCUGAGAGGGACAGCCUCUUGGCAACAGGCCUCUCUCCGUCACGGUCUGGGUUGUUGUGUCUUGUUUCCGGUUGAAGUCCUCGUGUCCUGGUUUCCCUUCACUUCCUGUCCCUGUGGUGGUCCGGCCUGCACCGUCCCUGUGUACUUAAACCCUGUUGAUUUAAUUAAUUUAAUUGAAUGUUUGCAGACCUAGAUGGAAGCCAUUUUAAAACUGUGCUGUUAUGAAACAUACUCAUCAGGUCAUAGAUGAUGACCAUCAUGGCGAGAGUGUUAUAGAUGUGUUGUGUUGAAGUUGCUGCAGAGAUAGUUUGAAUAAAGCUUUCUGAUGCCGACA